AUCUCAUUAUAUAUACACAUCAAUUGCACACAUUUGGAGUAAAAAGCCAAAAUAACACCAUUUUUAAAUAACCAGUCUUUGAUGUAUGAAUUCUCCAAUGUUGUCUCUUUUCUUCUCUGUUUUCGAGUGAUUCUAUUUUUCGCAACGGUAACAAAGGCUUCUCUCUUUGUUUUUUCAAAAUCCGACAGCGAAAAGAUCAGAGCUUUCUCUCCUUCUUCUUCUGACAAUAACUAUCAGACAGAGACAGAGACAAAGAACAAAGACAAAAACAAAAGACGGAGACUUUCGCUUCUUCUUUUGUUUUAAAAGUCGGCGGUGGAUAGAAAUGGAGAGAAGAAACGAAUCGAUGACGAUAAGGAGAUCGAAGUGGCAGUACCCACAAAUGGGUUCUCCGACGCCGAGGAUUCUUCAGUUGCCACGUAGGCACAGCGUUCGACGGAAUGCAGCAAAGGGCUUGAAGACGACACCUUCUUCUUGUUCUUCCUCUCAGAAUAAUGAUCGGAGAGUGAAACUGGAGGUUCUGUUUCAUCAAGAGAGGACUUUUGACAGAGGGGACUCUGUUGUGAUGUUGAAUGAUAAUAAUGGCGGUGAGAAGAAGGAGGAGGAGGAGGAAGAAGGAAGGAGAAGAGGGAAAGUUGCAGACGAGAGAGAGAUUGGUGGGUUGUCUUCUUCUACUCCGGUUUAUGAAGUUGAUGAAGCUAAGUGGAGGUUUCAGGCGGAGAUGUUGAGAUCAGAGUGUAAUUUGUUAAGGAUAGAAAAAGAGAUUGCUUUGAAGAAGAUGGAGAGGAGGAAGAAGCGGAUGGAGCGGACGCUGAGAUCUGCUGUUCUUACUCUUCUCUCUGGGAGACAGAGAAUCUCAGAAGGGACGAAAGAGAGCAAGGCUUUGGAAGAUGAGAUAAGCUAUUUGGUUGAGAAACUGAAUGAGUUAAAGUCUCCAAAAGUUAAGGACGUGGAAGCUAGAAACUGCAGACAUAAUUUUGAUAAGAAGGCUUCUGUUUUAAGAAGAGAGCUAAAGAGGUUCGAUGAAGGAGUUUCCGAAGAGGUUUGUGUCAAAGGGAUUCAGAAAAUGGCAGAAGCUAGCUUCUCGGUCCAUUCUGAUCAAAGCGUUCAUAGGAACAACAAUAUUGGACAUAUAGAUACAUUGAGUAGUAAAAUGGAGGCCUUGUCAAAAGGAGUUUUGCUGGAAAGAAUGGAGAAAGAAUAUGGAUCCAAUUGCAUUGAUCGUCAAGAUGCAUCUGUACAAGACAUGUAUAAUAAGGCAAUUAAAGCACAUGAAGAAAAGAAAGACUGCUCUAGACACUGUAAAGCAGUUAUGAGGAAGAUUGCAGAUGAAGUAAGAGCUGAAGCAGAGCAAUGGUCACAAAUGCAAGAGAUGUUGAAUCAAGUGAGAAAAGAAAUGGAGGAACUUCAAUCUUGUCGCGAUUUCUGGCAAAACCGCGCUCUCGAAUCAGAUUCAAAGAUACAAAAUCUAAAUUCCUCGGUUGAAGGAUGGCGAAGAAAGGCGUCAUCUUCAGAGGCAAAGUUGAAAAACCUGCAAGCAGAGGUUUGCGGAUUACAAGAACAGAUCAAGAGACUGAGGAAGGAAGAUAAGUCUGAACCAGAGAAGAGCAAAAUGCCAUCAGAGUCAGAGAAGAGGGUACUGAUUUGUCGGUUAAAAGAAAACCGACAUAGCAACAAUGGAGAUUGGUCUAAGCACAGUGAAGGAAGAACAACAAAACCGUCUUGCUCAAGACCACCUUUAAGGGAAGUUAAGAACAAUUCAGUCACAGUCACAUCAAGGCAUAGAAACUCCAAUGUCAUGAAAAUGUAGCUUUUUAUAUCUUAUAAAAAUAUCGGAUUUUUCGGGUUUUACUUCCUCUGGUUAAUAAAAUUUUACGAAUUGAUUUCAA